CUAGUAAACAUUUAUUCUCAAUGCACUUCAAAAGCGUUAUAAGUUACAAAUAUGUAGUAACUUUCGUAAUUUUAGUAAAUUCCCAUAAAAAAAUUCAUGGAAAAUACAUCAGUUGAUAAAAUGAACGAAGGAAUUCUUCAUAUUGAAGAACAUUUACGCGAGGCGUUUACAAUCAUGAACACUUUGAGGAAUCAUCAAGAGCUAUGUGAUAUUGUUCUUUGUGUUGGUAAUAUUAAAAUUCAUGCACAUCGACUAGUUUUGGCAUCGUGUAGCCCAUACUUUUAUGCAAUGUUCACAAACAACUUGGCGGAGAGUAAACAAUCCGUUGUGACACUGAAGGACAUGGAUGAAAAUUGUGUUAAAACUCUAAUUAACUUUGCUUACACUGCUGACAUAUCGGUGAAUGAAAAAAAUGUUCAAGCAUUAUUACCUGUUGCAUCUUUGCUUCAGAUGUCUGCCGUGAAGAAAGCUUGUUGCACGUUUUUGGAAGGGCAGCUUGAUCCCACGAAUUGUUUAGGAAUUUUAGGAUUUGCCGAGUUGCAUGGCUGUAAUGAAUUAACAAGAAAGUCUCGUCACUACUGCAGCCGAUAUUUUUCCAAGGUAGCCAGGGCUGAAGAAUUUCUCUCGAUUUCUGAAGAUCAACUGUGCCAUUUAAUGAAUGGUGAUGGGCUGUGUGUGAAGAAUGAAGACGAGGUUUUGUUAGCAGUAAUAAGAUGGAUGAAGCAUGACAUGAACAAUCGAAGGAAUUCACUAUGGAGGUUGCUCUCCUAUGUCCGUUUACCUUUUGUAUCUCCUGGUUUUGUUCAAUCAUUGUGCAAGUCUUCCGAUGAAAAUGAUGCAAUGUUAUUGCAACUAAUAUCAGAUAUCUGCACAAGUCGUGUUUCACGUGCGGUGCACGUGAAAAAGCGUUCUCCUAUGGGACCGGAAGUCAUGUAUGUUGUUGGUGGAUAUUUGAGGCAAUCUUUGCGAGUUGUAGAAUGUUACUAUCCGCGUCAUAAUUCUUGGAAUUUGCUUAAGUCUUUACAUCAACCAAGAAGUGGAGCUGGCGCCGCCUUCGUAGGUGGAAUGCUUUAUCUUAUUGGGGGACGUAACAACUCGUUAAGUGGCAACGUGGAUUGUGAUUCUGUCGACCGUUACGAUCCUCUAUUGGAUGAAUGGAAAUCGGUUCGCCCUUUAACGGUGCCGCGUAAUCGUGUCGGCAUUGGUGUCAUUGAUGGUUUUGUCUUUGCUAUUGGAGGAAGCCAUGGCAACUUGUAUUUGAAUCACGUGGAAAAGUAUGAUGCCGAUGAAGAUUCUUGGGUGGAAGUCGCCCCCUUGACUGUUCCCAGGAUAGGGGUUGGUGUUGCCGUAAUCGAUAGAAAAAUGUAUGCUGUCGGUGGAUACGAUGGCGUUCGUCGACUUGAUAGUGUGGAAUGCUACGAUUCGACAUUAGACAAAUGGACGUUGGUCGCUUCGAUGAAUUCGGCUCGAAGUGGUGCAGCUGUGACUGCUGCUAGUAAAUACAUUUAUGCGCUGGGCGGAUACGAUGGUACAACGCAGUUAAGUAGUGUUGAACGAUACGAUCCUGCUCUUGAUGAGUGGAUGCUCGUAUCCAGUAUGUUGGACCACCGAAGCGCCUUGAGCGUUGCGUCAUACAGCAACAAACUCUACGUGUUUGGGGGGUAUAAUGGCGAGAAAUUCCACGACACCGUCGAGGUUUAUGAUUGCAAGUGGGACAAGUGGGAGGUGGUGGGUACGAUGAGCAUGGGUAGGAGUGGAGCUGCCGUGGUUGUGGGGGUACGACCUGCGUUCUGAUGGCUCUAGGCUAAAUAUUUAUUAAUGACGAGUUUAUUGAUCAGAGAAUUUAAUUUUUUGUUUACCUGAAUGAAAUUCAAUGUAAUUGUGCGAAUUAAUUUUAUGUAUUCUGAAUUAUUAGUUGUUCGGAUAAGAGUUCGAUAGGUCUGGCACUUUGAGGUAGAGCCUAGUGAUUUAGAUUAUCAUGGGAAGUUACAGUUUUGUAUUGUGUAAAAUCAAUAUUUAGCAGAUUGUCGAAAUAAGUUUUAUCAAGCCGAACUAAGUAGCAGCAAUGAUUAAUACUGAAAUUAGAAGUUAAGAAAUAUUAACGAUCUUCGCACUCGCAGCACCGGUCCAAGCCUUUGGUACUGGUAGCUUCACAAAACUUCUGCUACAUUACAUGAGAUUGUUAAUGGUAACUUUCAAAUGAACCAACUUUAUUGUGUUUUCUUGCUCAAGUUGUCCAUUGUCGACACGGUUACAGUUAUUAUUUUUAUGUCCCCGUCUACAUUUAAUUUUAUUUUGCUGUACAUAACCAUAUAGGCUGCAAGCAGGCAGCCACCAUUUCUUACUAAAAAAGAAAUUGGGGAGAAAUAUACCCUCUUUUAUAAGGAGAUAUAUAAAAUGAAAAGAAUUUAUAAAUGCAUAUUUUUACCAUUUAGA